GACAGCCUCUCGGCGUCUGCUGGGGUUUGCUUCCACGCGUUAAGGCUCUGUGGACGCGACAGGCGCUGGAGAUCUGGGCGCGCGGUGUGUGGUCGCCGUCUGCCUCCGGCUACUCCACUACCUCUCCCGAGGGGCCGAGGGAGCCGUGCAGGCAGUGGCUACAUAGUUCCCAGCAGUCUGAGAAAUGAGAAAAAUACCAAACCAUGGGACCCUGCGGAUGACGAAGGUGGCAUAUCCCCUCGGACUGUGCGUGGGCCUGUUCAUCUAUGUUGCCUAUAUCAAGUGGCACCGGGCCUCUGCUGCCCAGGCCUUCUUCACCAUUGCUGGGGCUGCCUCGGGGGCACGGUGGACCCAGCAGGCCUUCAGCUCCCCAGGCUCGGCUGCACGGGGUCAUGAGGUCUUCUAUGGGAUCAUGUUUGAUGCUGGGAGCACCGGCACCCGCAUCCACGUCUUCCAGUUCGCCCGGCCACCUGGAGAAACUCCCACCUUGACCCAUGAAACCUUCAAAGCACUGAAGCCUGGGCUUUCAGCUUAUGCUGAUGAUGUUGAAAAGAGUGCUCAGGGGAUCCAGGAGCUUCUGAAUGUUGCUAAACAACACAUUCCUUAUGAUUUCUGGAAGGCUACCCCUCUGGUUCUCAAGGCCACAGCUGGUUUGCGCCUGCUGCCGGGAGAAAAGGCUCAGAAGUUGCUGCAAAAGGUGAAGGAGGUGUUCAAGGCGUCACCCUUCCUUGUUGGGGAUGACUGUGUUUCCAUCAUGAACGGCACCGAUGAAGGUGUGUCGGCAUGGAUCACUGUCAACUUCCUGACAGGCAGUCUGAAGACCCCGGGAAGCAGCAGUGUGGGCAUGCUGGAUUUGGGCGGAGGAUCCACUCAGAUCACCUUCCUCCCACGUGUCGAGGGUACCCUGCAGGCCUCCCCGCCCGGCCACCUGACAGCGCUGCAGAUGUUUAACAGGACUUACAGACUGUAUUCCUACAGCUACCUGGGGCUGGGACUGAUGUCGGCACGACUGGCUAUCUUGGGCGGUGUGGAGGGGAAACCCGCUGAGAAUGACAAGGAACUGGUCAGCCCCUGUCUGUCUCCCCGGUUCAGAGGAGAGUGGGAACAUGCGGAGGUCACCUAUAGAAUUUCAGGACAGACGGCGGUGGGCCUCUAUGAGCUGUGUGCCAGCAGAGUAUCAGAAGUCCUCCGAAAUAAAGUACACAAGACCGAAGAGGCACAGCACGUGGACUUCUAUGCGUUUUCCUACUACUAUGACCUUGCAGCCAGCUUUGGCCUUAUAGAUGCAGAGAAAGGAGGCAGCCUUGUAGUUGGAGACUUUGAGAUAGCAGCCAAGUACGUGUGCCGCACUCUGGAGACACAGCCACCGAGCAGCCCCUUUGCCUGCAUGGACCUCACCUACAUCAGCCUACUGCUCCAAGAGUUUGGGUUUCCAGGGGACAAGGUGCUGAAGACACCACCCGGUCUCUGCAGCUCAGGCCUGUGACCUCAUCUUCUCCUUUCCUUUGUCUUUUCAAGCUGGCUCGGAAAAUUGACAAUGUUGAAACCAGCUGGGCUCUGGGAGCUAUUUUUCAUUACAUCGACUCCCUGAAGAGACAGAAGGUCCCUGCCUUGUAGCAGCUGAGCCCUAGUCCCCACCUCAACCAGAAUUCCAAGGCUCCCAACUCCAUGGACCCCUCUGUCUUGGAAGUGACACCAUCCUUGAGGAGCCUGCAUCUGGCUGAGACCCUCUGUACCUGCAGUAUCAUCUGCAGAUUUGCCUGGGACAUGGCCCAUGUACUAGCUAUGCUACACCACACUAGCUGGGGCAGGGCCAGGGUAGGAAUGCUGCCUGACCUGAGGCCAUCUCCCUGCCUUACUUACCUCCAAGUGGGCGGGGAGCCAGGUGGGCCCAGGGCACAUACUAAGGUAGAGAUGCAGCCCUGUUCUUAUCCCGUCCAUGUGCAGGAUUGUGGCUGCUUUUAUGUGUUUCUGUGACAUGAGUCUUGUUUUGUCCCCAGCCCCUGUUCCCUCAUGAGCCAGGCCUCUCUGCCUUCCCAGAGUUGCGGGAGUUGAAGUAACCUGGCCCAGACACAGUGCAACCUUGAGGUUGCAACAUCUUGAAUGUGGCCAUCUCUUCCUCAGGAUAGACAUGUGAAGUUACCUGGAGAUUUGCUGCCCCACCUUUGAAUGGUAUAGCAUCAAUUCACGUGGGGACACUGAGUAGGAAGAAGAUGGCCCAGUGCCUCUUUCCAGACCCAGCGUGCCACCUUUGCAGAGCAUGUGGGUGUGAGCAGAACUAUGAGAAUGUUCAGGGCCGUUGCUCAAGUACUACCUUGUGAGCUGCGAGUGCUUGACAUUAAAACUGAGCCCCUCUUCUGGACACAACUAUGUCCCAGUGAAUGUAUUCCUGCUAUGAGCCACUUGCAGACCAGUGGGGCAGAUUAGAAAGCUCAGCCCUGAAACAUACUACUCCUUACCCCACCCUCCUCACUCGGCUGCAGCUGGCUUCCCCAUGGUCCCCUCAGUGAAUGUACAGUUCAUAGAAUAAGCUGAGCCACCACUGUUCAACUCAAAAUAAAGGUUUACAAGGGUU